UUGGAACUACAUUUACAACACAACAACACACGGUAUCGAAAUAAGACUACACAAAGACCGUCCAGCUACAGCCCACAGCAGCCAAGUUUUUCACGUUUCAGAAUCAAGAUGCCAUCUGCUAGUGAGAUUGGAAUUGAUGACAUUGAAGACAUCAUAUCAGCUGGGGAUGUCACACCGAAGGAACGCUAUGCUAACAAACAAGAUGUGAUGCCCAAAGUUUUAAAUCGGAAGAAGGACAGAAGAAAAAACGGGGAAGACAUUAAAGCAGACAGCAUUAUCCCAGGGACUCAGAAAGUCUUUGUGAAGACAUGGGGAUGCUCUCAUAAUAAUUCUGAUGGAGAGUACAUGGCAGGUCAGCUAGCAAGCUAUGGGUAUUCUAUUACUGACGAUUCAAGCGGGGCAGACGUCUGGCUGCUCAACAGCUGUACGGUCAAGAACCCGGCCGAGGAUCACUUCAGGAAUGAGAUCCAGAAGGCCCAGCAGCAGGGCAAGGCACUGGUCCUAGCUGGUUGCGUACCCCAGGGCCAGCCCAAGGCCAAGUACAUGCAAGGCGUCAGUGUCAUCGGGGUGCAGCAGAUAGACAGGGUGGUGGAAGUUGUGGAGGAGACUGUAAAAGGGAAUACAGUGAGAUUAUUUGGACAGAAGAAGCAGGGAGGAAAGAAGAUUGGUGGAGCUAGUUUAGACCUGCCUAAGAUUAGGAGAAACCCGCUUGUGGAAAUCCUUGCAAUCAAUACAGGCUGCCUAAACCAGUGCACCUAUUGCAAGACGAAACAUGCACGGGGAGAACUUGGUAGUUAUCCACCAGAAGAACUUGUUGCCAGAGCGAAACAGUCUUUUGAUGAGGGCGUAUGUGAGAUUUGGCUGACCAGUGAAGACACAGGGGCAUAUGGUAUCGAUAUUGGAGUGACCAUUGUGGAACUCUUAGACCAGCUGGUAGAGGUCAUCCCUGAGGGAUGCAUGAUGAGAAUAGGCAUGACCAAUCCGCCUUACAUCCUUGACCAUUUAGAGGGCAUUGCCAGGAUACUGCGUCACCCUAGGGUUUACUCCUUCCUUCACAUUCCAAUCCAAUCGGGUUCAGAUUCAGUUCUUAUGGACAUGAAGAGAGAGUACUGUACUGCUGACUUCAGGAAAAUUGUAGAGUUCCUCAGAAAAGAAGUGCCUCGUGUUACCAUAGCAACAGACAUUAUAUGCGGAUUUCCACAUGAGAGUGAAAAGGACUUUGAGGAAACUCUGAGUUUGAUAGAGGAGUUCAAAUUCCCCAGUGUCUUCAUCAAUCAGUACUUCCCUCGUCCAGGUACACCAGCAGCCAAGUGGCCUCAAGUCCCAGCGCAAGAGAAAAAGCGUCGGACCAAAGCUCUGACGGUACUGUUCAAGAGCUACCAGACAUACGAUGACAAGGUGGGCGAGAGGUUUGAUGUUCUUGUCACAGAGGUGUCACAUGACAAGCAGUAUCUAGUAGCUCAUAACAAGUUUUAUGACCAGGUGCUGGUGCCUCAUAACAAGGAGUAUCUGGGUAGGAUAUUGAAAGUAGAGAUAGAUUCGGUUGGAAAGCAUUUCUUGAUGGGUAGAGUUCUGGAUGUCGGGCCUGCUCGAAGUAUCCCUGUACAGAACCAACAAGCAGGAUCAAUACACAGAGCUUCAGCGAAGAAGCUGUCUUCCAGAGAAUCAUCAUCACCAAUCAAAGCACCUUUGCCCUGGGUAUCAAUCAUCAUGGCUGUUCUUAUUGCAGUUGCCUUCCUGGAUGUGUGCAGGAUAGCGUAUCAGCAUCUCACAAGAUAGCAUGCUUUAUGGACACGGACAUUAAUCAUCAUGGCUGUUCUUGUUUGAACCAUCUUCCUGGAUGCCAUGGCCAUUGAUAUUAUCAAUCAUCAUGUUGCUAUCGUCUAUCUGGAUAUGUGCAAGAUGACAACAACAACUUGUCUUCAGGUAGCAAGUGCAGUGGACAGUGAUCACUGCAUUUGUCUUCCUCAAUGUGUGCAUAUCAUAUAGCAUAUAGCAUAUCAACAUAUCUCAAGAUAGCAAAUGCCGAGAGGCCAAUGACUUAACAUGAAUUUUGACUUGCCCAACCAGACAAGACUGUGGUACUGGAUGUGCAGGCAAUGUUGAAAUGGUUGGUUUCUAAGUUGUGCUGGCUCGGAACAAAUGCCUGCAGAGAGGCAUAAUAUCUGCAUGCUCAUGGUGUAUAUGGUGUGAAUAGGUAACUGGUCAGAAGAGGUUCCUGGUCCGGUCUCCCACUCAGUGUUCUUUAGGGUAGGCGUAUGCAUGUUCCCUCCCUUUGAAAGCACCUCCCUAAGUCUGGUGUGUAAAGUCAAUACGGUUCGAUUUUUUGUGUAUUACGAGCUGGACUUUCUUGCA